AUGUCGUGGCCACAUUCGCAUUAUGGCCACUUUGGGACUGGAUCUUUGAAUCCUGGUUGGGCUGGCGCUGCUGCACACCAACAUCUUGGCAUGCACACUGCUCCUUUCCAAGCUCCUGCCAAGGACUUGAAAGGUGACAUGGGAAAAGACGAGUUCAACAAGUUGGUCUUGGAAUGUUUGCUCUUGCUUUCUCCCGAAGACUUUGCCGACAUUUGGGUUGGCAUUCCCCGUGAGCUUCGGGCAGGCGUUGACCGCAUCCAGAUGUGUUCCAAGUUGAAUGCCUUGAGACGGGAGAGAUGCAUCCAGCUGGCUUCUCCAAGGCAGCAGUCACACUUUGAGGACGAGAAUUGGACCAUCACUCCCAUGUCGAGGCUUUGUUGUUCACGUUUUUGGGAGUGUUUUCGCUUGCUGCCGCUGACUACCACCAAUGAAUCCAAGUGGAAGGCAACUGUGAAGUACCUUUCCAAAUGCCCAGAGAAAGCCGAUUCCUCGGAUACCUCACGGCACAUUGAUGCCAGCACUCGUGCCUCGGAUUCACUUGGUGAAGCUGUUGCUCCUGACCGUGUGCCGGGGCCCAAGUUGGCAACUCCAAAGAAAGGCCUGGCAGGAUUAUCUGCUUUGGCUGAUGCUACUCCACUGAAAGCUGGAUUGGACGCCCCUCCGGCCGACCGUAACAGUGAGGAGUUCGCAACUUGGGUUUCUGCCAGGAUUCAGGCUGAUGUGGAUGGUUUAUCUUUGGAUUCAUUAGAGGUGAAGCAUGCAAACCGCUUUCCUUGCAAGUUGAAGCCCAGUGCUGCUUUGAAGACCCUUCCUCCUUUGGAUGUCAUGAGCCCCAUUUACCAGCACACAUUUCAGUUCUACUUGCGCAAGUUCAAGGCUUUGCUGACGGAUGUGAGCCUCGGAUCGGCCCCAGCUAAGUCCUUGAAGCGCUUAUGCGAUGCAUUGAACUUGGAGGUGCGGGGCAAAGACAGCCAAGUUCCAGAAGACCAGGAGCACAUAGCUUCGGCUUGUGGCGCUGCCCUGUGCUUGCUUGCACUGUUGCGAUUUUGGUUCCUGGGACUCACUAAGGGAAAGAUGGAAGCUGAGGAGAUUAUACUUCGCAUCUGUGCCAGUGUAUGGCUCUGCAUGCUUCAAGCGCAGUCAUCCCGCAGGUCUUUACACCUGCUUAAAUCUUUGGGUGGCUUGCCUUGGAAUUUUUCAUGGGAAACUUUGUGGCAUGGCUCUGUCAUCUAUGUGUGUGUCCCGAUGUUCCCACAAUACUCUUCUUUUGGUCCCCUCGCCUACGUCGGCGAGACAGACAAUUUUGCCAGACGUGUGAAUGAGCAUUCUUGUCGAUUGCUUGCUCCCAAUGGCGCUGUACAGCAACCCUUUUUCCAUUUUGUGAGAGCGGGAGAGUGUGCUCCCCACCUCAUGCGGCUGGCAAUUUGUGAGUGGAUCUUUUUUCCGGUUGUCCCCGCACCUGGUGAUGGUUGUGCGCGGAGAGCAUUAGAGGCAGACUGGAUUCGGAAGAUCGGUGUAUUGAACCCACCUCGGGUGCACCGCUUGCUUCGGAGCAAUGGUGUGACUAGCAGGAGUUCACUGGUCUUUGGGAGAAACCGCCUGGUUUGCAGACUGAGGGCCAAGACGUUUCCUUCUCCGCAAAUUGUGUGCGGGCAGAAGCUUGCUCAUGAUGCUUGGAAACAAGGGUUGCAGCGAACCGCUGCUGCGCUUGCAGGACAUCGUUUUCCUGGCUGUGGACUGUGUGCUUUGGCUGCUUGGAGGUUGUCGAGGUCAGCUUGGGUGUAUGUAGUGCAGCGUGUCACCAACAACGAGUCAGGGUGGCGCCGAGCACGGGCCUUGCGCAUGUUGCGUCGGAUUGCUGGCAUUCGAAGAGACUUGCCAUCCCCCAUCGCUGUCAUUUCUUGUGACAUUCCCUGGGUUGGGUCGCAGCAAGCUCGCAAUUUGGCCGUGCACGCGGUGCGUUCUUUGGUGGCCUCAUGGCGCAGGGCGGGUCAUUGGUUACCUAUUCUGAGGCAUGCGCGGAUUCGUUUCCGGUGGGCAACUACGCCCUCUCUUGGUAGCGUUCUUUGCAGCCGUGACUUCUUUGCAGACUUUGCAAUGGUGAGGCCGCCUUGUGUUUGUCGGGAGUUCCUGCUGGCAGACCCCACCUGGCCCACGGUGACCGUGGAUGGUCAAGUGCACAUUGCUGCAUCCCAGGCUCGGAUUCCAUGGCCACGGCACUUGCGGAAGUUCAGAGAAUUACCAGCCAACUUGCGUUUGCCACCGAGGCGGCAGCAGAUCGCAGUUGCUGUGAAGCAAAUGCUUCGUCGACUGCGGGACCGUUGCAAGCUGGCGGAUGAGCCAUGUUGGGUCGAAUCCGUUGUUGCCGAUUUGACUGCAGCUUUGCAAGGGCUAGCUGCUCAGCACUCUACCAGAUUUCCUGUUUCGUGGCUGGAGAUUUCACUGGCCCAGGAAUUCCUCAGGCCUUUCUUCACGCAGGUCUUUGACCACAACCUGUCCCGUAUUGGUGUGUUUUGUCCUGCCCUAGUACACGUCCAAGCUUGUGCAGCUCUUGAUCUUGGUGAUCAUGGCACGGGGCUGGAUUUUGCUUGGGAAGCUGAUACGCGGAGGGCUGAAGUGAUGGCUACCAUGGCAAAGAUUGAGGGCCUCCCGCCGCACUUGCAACCAACGCGGCUGUCCUUGGUACCAGCCAGAUCUUGGUCUAUCGGAACUCCCGUUUUUCUUCCAAAGUGGAAAGGUCCAGGAGUGAAGUGGCGCCUGAUAGUGAACAAGCACCACGCGCCGGCGACUGGUUUGCACUCGGCUGUAUCUAGAGCCAUUGAUGUUGUUCUGGACAAUAUGCCCCGCGAGGCUUGGUCCGAUUUUCCAUCAGCCAAUGCCUUCUUGGGCAUGGUCUCGGACUUCAACGCUCUUGUGAAGAGCAUGUUCAUGGAGCCGCGUGGGUGGAUUGCAGCGAUGGACAUGGUUGAUUGUUUCCACCACCUUCCUUGCUCCGAAGCGCCGUCUAUUUGGGAUGCUCUUUCUGCCUUUUGGAGCACCCGACAUGUGGCUUACAUCAGUGUGCCUUUACGAAGGGGCGGUGGUGCUGGUCGCCUUGGUCUGGUCUGUGAUGCUGGCUGGGUUUGCUUUUCCUUUGCAGAGAUUCGGGAGGUGUUGAUGCACUUUACCUUGACCAACUUUGUGGUUCUGCCCGGCCUCCUCGGGCGUGAGCUGCGUGGGGCUCCAAUGGGCGAUGCUUUGAGUGGGGCAGUGCUGCGGCUCUUCAAGUGGAGUAGGGAGGCUGCGCAACUACCUGUUGAGGAGGCAAACACUGUUUGUUUCCGCAGGUCCUGCUCCAAGCUGGUCCAUCUCUGUGGUUGCAACAUGUUGGUCCUUGACGUCAGUUUCCGGGACGACUUGCGCAUGUUUUGCGUGUGGGACGGGCAAGCCAUCAUUGAUAGGGAAAGGGUGGCGCAAUGGGCUAUCUCCAGGCUGCGCGCCCGAUACCACUACGGCACCAUGAGCUUGGAAGAGUGUGAGUUUCGGACAUUCAUCGGUUUGCGGAUGGAGUUUGGAGAUGAGGGCCUUUUUGUUGCCCCUGUCUUCCCUGACCCGUUCGGAAGCUGUAGUUACCACACGGUCGACUUGCGAAUUUUGCAGCCAUGGUCAUCGUGGACCCCCCGUUCACAAAAGACGGCGGUCAUUAAGGGAUGGCUGUGCCGCAUCUUUCAUUUGUCCAGCUGCUCCAAGGGCAGGGCUCUUGCCUUUGAAGAGGCUUUUUUGUCUUUAUGUUCUUUGGCUGGAUUCCCUAAAGACCUGCUUGCCAGGGUGACCAGAGAUUGGAUCCUUCGCUGGGUGUCCGCAAAGGAUGCCCGUGCAGUACAGUGCGUAAGACUUGAGGUGGAGAGGGCAUUGCGGCGAUUGCGUUAA